UUCAAAAAUUUCUUGACGCUCUAUUUCUUCUUCUCUGUUCGCUGUAAAAUGCUCUCUUCUUCCUUCGUCCUUUCAUUUUCGGCGAUUCUAAAGCUGACACACCCGUCACAAGUCCGCCGCCGCCGCAAUCUCAGAUUAUACAACUUUUUCCAUUGCCUCCAGAUUUCAGUCUCGAUUCUGGGUAGGUUUCAAGUUUCAACUUUCACGGAGGAAGGAGCGCGUGGGAAAUAAGAGGCACGUUUGGAAACUUGUAUGCUCACGGGGAUAGUGCAAUUACGAGUCAACGUCCAUGCUUCGUACUUGCAGUAUCAUACCAGUGUAGCAGCUUUCUCUACUCUCUCCAAUCUUCUUCAACUAUCUGAACGUGGUGUUGCUUGCUUUCUUCACGGCGUUCUUCACUUUGAUCAUCCCCCUGCAUUUGUCUUCUUUGCUCUACUUUCUCUGUGAUUUCACAUCAUUCACUCAGUACCUUUCCCAAUCGCAAGUUUCGUUUUUCUUUCCUUUCUUUUUGUUUGCUGAUUUUUUCGUUGUGAUCAAUAAAAAAACCCACGUGUUCCUGCUGUUCAUGUUCUAGUUCCUCUUUGUUCACUGUUUCCUCCUAUCUGGGAAAAAAGUUGUAGCAGUAUAUCAGAAGAACAUCUGGGAAAAAAAAAUGGAGUUUGUAGCCACCAUGUUUGGCAAAGUGUUGGAUCUUGUGGUGGAUCCUGUUAAGCGGCAACUGGGUUACCUUUGGAACUACAAGAGCAAUCUUGAGGAGCUGAGGGGAUGUGCUCAGAGGCUCAAAGAUGAAAGGCAGAGUAUGAUUGCUCGAGUUCGAGAAGCUGAAAGAAAUGGAGAAAACAUUGAAGAUCGUGUUAACAACUGGUUGACAGAGAUGGAUGAGAAGAUUGCUGAAAUAGACAUGUUUUUGGGAGAUGAAGACCACUUGAAGACAGGGUGCUCCAACAGUUCGUUUCCUAAUCUGAGGUUAAGGCAUAAGCUCGGCAGAAAAGCAAAGAAGAUGAACCCAGCGUGUGCUGAUCUGGUGCAACAGGCGAACUUCACGAUAAUUUCUUAUCGCCCAGAGCCUAUUGCAAUAGAUGCUGCUCUUUUUGAUGGUGGUUAUGAAUUGUUUAGCUCUAGAGAAGCCAUUAUCGAGGAGGUUAUGAAUGCUCUGAGAGAUUCCACAAUUACAAUGAUCGGUAUCCUUGGGCAAGGUGGUGUUGGCAAAACCACUUUAGCUAAAGCAGUUGCUAGGAAAGCCAUGGCAGAAAAGCUAUUCAAUGUCGUGGUUACGGCAAAUAUAACAAGCACUCCUGAUGUAAGACGGAUUCAAGGAGAAAUAGCAGACAUGUUGGGCUUAAGAUUGGAUGACGAGAGUGAGAUUGGAAGAGCUGGUCGUUUGCUACAAAGGUUGAAGAAGGAGAAAGAGAGCAUUUUGGUUAUCCUUGAUGAUCUUUGGGCAGGACUUGACCUUAACAUGUUGGGGAUUCCAUCUAAUGAUGAUGAUGUCAGCCAGAUGACUAUCAAAGAUAUGCAUGAUUUUGGUCCUAAUAUGUUGAAAACAGAAAAGCGCCCUGGUGGCUUCAAAAGGUGCAAGAUUUUGUUAACUUCUCGAAUCAAAGGGGUAUUGUUGAGCGAAAUGGAUGUGAAGGAAAACUCAAUCUUCUCUGUUGAAGUCUUGGAAGAAAAUGAUGCAGAAAAAUUGUUCAACAAGGUGGCAGGAAUAUCUGAUGAAGAUUCUGCAGAGUUGAAAUCAUUAUCGACUAAAAUUGCCAAUAAGUGUGCAAAGUUGCCAGUGGCAUUAGUAACAGCUGGAAAGGCUUUAAAGAAUAAUAAAAGCAAAUAUGUCUGGGAAAAUGCACUACAAGAAAUCGAAAGGCAAGAAUUGGUUGGAGUGCUAGAGCCUGUGGAGAUUUCUACAAAAUUAAGUUAUGAUCAUUUGAAAAGAGAAGAUCUCAAGUCUAUUUUUAUACUUUGUGCUCAAAUGGGUGAGGAUCUGUUUAUAAUGGAUUUGGUGAAAUAUUGCAUUGGUUUGGGCAUAUUUCAAGGAGUUACGGUAAAAGAAGCUCGGGAUAGAACAAAUAUGUUGAUCAACAAGUUAAAAGACUCAAGUUUGUUGCUGAAUACUAGUUCUUAUGAUUGCAUCACCAUGCAUGAUAUGAUUCGUGAUGCUGCCCUAUCAAUAGCUUCUAAGGAGAAAGAUGCUUUUACCCUAAGAUAUGGUAAACUAGAUGAGUGGCCUGACAAGGAUACAUUUGAAAGGUACACCAGCAUCUCUUUUCAUCAUUGUGAUAUCGUUGAUGAUAUUCCAGAAGGUAUAAAUUGCCCUAGACUCAAAGUCUUCCAUCUUAACAGCAAAGAACCUUGCUUGAAAAUACCAGACAAACUUUUUGAAGGCAUGGGUGAACUAAGAGUAUUAAUAUUGUCUGGUAUUGAUCUAUUAAACUUGCCUUCUUCAAUUAAAUGCCUCAAAAAGCUUAGAAAGCUUUGUUUGGAGCAAUGUCUGUUGGGUGAAAACAUAUCCAUCAUUGGAGAGUUGGAGAAUCUAAGAAUUCUCAGCCUCUCUGGAUCUCGAUUUGAAAUUUUUCCAAGUGAAGUGAGAAAGUUAGGAAAGCUACAAUUGUUGGACAUUAGUAACUGUUCCAAACUUCAAGUGAUUCCAUCUAAUGUAAUAUCAAUGUUGAAUAAUUUGGAGGAGUUAUAUAUGGGAAACAACUUGAUCCAAUGGGAUGUUGAAAGAAAAAUAAACCACAAUGGAAUUGCUUCGCUUAUUGAAUUGAAUCAUCUUCAGCAAUUGAGAAGUUUGGACAUACACAUUCCUGAUAUUGUAGCUUUGCCGAGGAGCUUGUCCUUUGACAAGUUAGAUAGCUUCAAAAUUGUGAUUGGUGACUCAAAAAUGCUUUUGUUAGAAGAUUUCAAGAUGCCUUUCAAGUAUGAGUCAACAAAAGCUUUGGCUCUGCAUCUAAGAAAGGGUGAUGACAUUCACUCCCAAACAGGUAUUAAAAUGUUGUUCAAAAGCAUUGAACAAUUAUUUUUGGGGGAAGUAGAUGGUCUUCAAAAUAUUAUCUAUGAGUUAAAUGUGGAAGGACUUCCAAGUCUUAAACAUUUAACAAUUAUAAAGAACCUUGACAUCCAGUAUAUAAUCUAUUCAAGAGAGAGGAAACAUCAGGCAAUGGCUUUUCCCAAGUUGGAGUCAAUGUGUUUGUAUAAUCUUGAGAGGAUAGAGAAAAUAUGUAAUUGUCAGCUCACAGAUGCCUCUUUUCGCAACUUAAAAGCCGUUAAGAUCAAAAUCUGUGGCCGAUUGAAAAAUGUCUUCUCUUCUUACAUGGUUAGAUUUCUCACAAAGCUUGAAACAAUUGAAGUUUCUGAUUGUGAUUCUUUAAAGUAUGUUGUUGUUGUGGAAAGACAAGAGAACACUACUAACAACAACAAUGCAAAUGAUGAUAGCAUUGCAUUUCCUCAAUUGCGCACUUUGAUAUUGCAAUCUUUACCAGUAUUGGCUUGUUUCUAUGCUAUUGACAAGAAUGUUCCAGUCUCUCAAAUAGAAGCUACUACUGCUUGUCAUCCUCUAUUUAAUGCAAAGGUUUCAUUUCCGAGCCUAGAGAGCUUGGAGUUGUCUUCAAUCAAUGUCAAGGAGGUAUGGGGUGACCAACCCUUCCCAAGUGCCUCCUUUCAAAAUCUGACAAAAUUGAUUGUCAAGGACUGUGGUAGUUUGAAAUAUUUAGUUUCAUCAUCCCUGGCCAAGAGUUUGAUGAAAUUACAAAGCCUUUUUAUUAGAGGAUGUGAUAUGAUGAUGGAUAUUUUUGAUGCUGAAGACGUCAGUUCAGAUGAAGCAGGCAAGGAGGUUGAUGUCUUUCCUCAAUUGAAGAAAAUUGAAAUCACCAGCAUGAAGAAUUUGAAAUCCAUUUGGCAUGGCCAUGCUAGCCUACAUUCCUUUUGCUGUUUGGAAUCUUUGAUCAUCAAAGAUUGUGCAAAACUUGUCACCAUUUUCCCUCAAUACAUGGUAGGAAAAUUUCAUAAUCUUGGCAGCAUGGAGGUUAUCAAUUGUGAGUUGGUGAAUGAGGUAUUUGACCUUCAAUCUACAUCUCAAAUUAGUGGUAGGAAUGAAACAAACUUGCGCAAUCUUCACUUGGAAAACCUACCAAAAUUGAAGCAUGUAUGGAGCAGAGAUCCUCAAGGAAUUCUUAACUUCAAAAAUUUUCAAGAUGUUUCUUUUAUUAGUUGCCCUGGCCUAGAAAAUCUUUUCCCAUUUUCUGUUGCCAUUAAUCUUAUGAAAUUGGAGAGCAUUGAAAUACGUGAUUGUGUGGGGAUGAAGGAAAUUGUAACCAGGGAUGAUACAUCAAAUAUAGUCAAAUUCAUGUUUGAGUUUCCUAAGCUAACCUCGCUUACAUUAGUUGAACUACCAAAACUUAGGAGCUUCUACCAGGGAUCACAUGGUGUAGAUUUCCAAGCAUUGACCGAAUUGGGUCUGACUCGUUGUGACAAGUUGGAAGCAUUUGGCAAGGAAACAGGAAAUUCAGAACUGAAACCAAUUCUCUCAGCUUUAGUUAAGGUGUUAUCCAACUUGGAAAAACUAGCAUUGGGCCCAAAGGAAUGGAAGUGGUUGCAGGACUCUGUUGGUAGUAAUAUGUAUCAAAUGCACAAUAUAAAACAUCUUCUUCUUGAUAGACUGAGUAGUAUUGAAAUUCUCUUAUGGUUUCUUCAGAGAGUUCCUAAUUUAGAAGUCCUAUAUUUGUGGAAUUCUGCUGUCAAACAUGUGUCGCCUAAUGGAAGCCUUGUUUCGCUUCAGAAAAUUGGAACUGUUGGACAACUUAAAGAAUUGAGAUUAUUAGAGUCAUAUCUUCCACAGAAUAUAUGCUUAGAAAAUGAUGGCAUGUUUCAAAGGGUUGAGCGGCUAUACAUUUAUGAUUGUCAUCAUUUGAAAAACUUAUUGCCUUCCCCCGUAUCAUUCAUUUACUUGACAUAUCUGAAAGUUUGGAAUUGUGGCAAAUUAAAGAAUUUAAUUUCUUCGUCCACUGCAAAAUCCUUGGUGGAACUUACCGUACUGAAGGUUGCUGAAUGUGAAAUGAUGGAGGAAAUUAUCACGGUGGAAGAGAAUGCAGAAGACACAGGAGAUGAGAUUGUUUUUGGCAAAUUGAAAAUUUUAAAACUUGAGUCUCUAAGAGACCUCACAAGUUUCUGCAAUUCCAAGGAUAAACUGGUCUUUGGGUUUCCAUCCCUUGAAAAAUUGAUAGUGAGCAACUGCUCUAAGUUGGAAAAUUUCUGUGAGAAAAUCCAAAGCACACCAAACUUGCGAAAGGUCAACAUUGAAGAAGGAGACGAAGGAGAGAAAGGGUGCUGGGAAGGUGAUCUGGAUAGUACGAUUCGAAAGAUUUUUGUGGAUAAGCUGGCACAAUUUGCACGUGAUGUGCAAUAUCUGAAGCUAGGAGACUACCCUAAGCUACAAGAGAUAUGGCAUGGCGUAAUGCCUGUCCCUGAUGGAGGAUUCAAUAAGUUGAAGACUUUGAUAGUGCAUGGUUGCCAUUUCUUAUCAAACAAUGUGAUCCCUUCUCAUUUGCUUGGCUUCCUUUAUAACUUAGAAUACUUAAAAGUACAAAAUUGUGAUUCUGUAAAGGCAAUAUUUGAGGUGGGAUCCUUGCCUUCGCCCUUCCCCAUUCCCUUGAAAACAUUGAUUUUGGAACAGCUCCCUGAUCUGGAGAAUGUUUGGAAUGUGGACCCUCAAGAAAUUCUCAGCUUCCAAUCUUUGCAACUUGUGUUUGUUAAUGGAUGCGGAAGCCUCAAGAGCUUAUUUCCCGCAUCAAUGUCCCAACACAAACUUGAAAGGCUUGAAAUACUACGCAUGCAAUGCUGCGGGGGGUUGGUAGAAAUUGUUGCAAAUGAUGAAAUAAUCCUAAUAGGGGCAAAUUCAAACUCAAUUAUGUUUCCAAGCUUAACUAGGUUGCAUCUACAGAAUUUGCCACAACUCAAGUGCAUCUAUCCAGUAGUAAAUGACUUGGAAUGGCCAAAGUUAAAGGUACUUGAUGUAUAUCAUUGUGAUCAAUUGAAGGUGUUGCCAACACGAGAACAAGAUCAUUUUCCAAUUGAUGUAGGAGCUAUGGUCUCAUUUGAAAAGAAUUUUCCCAACAUAGAGCAAUUGUCACUCAACAAGGAAGACUUCAUGAGAAUUAAUUCGCAAGGACAGUCUCACGCAAACUUCCUUUGUAAAUUGAAAUGCCUCAUAUUGCAAUGCUUCCAUGAUUUUUUGGAUGCAUUUCCAUGUGAACUCUUUCAAAAGGAAUCACUUCCCAACUUAGAAAUGCUUCAAGUGGCUUGUAGCGCCUUCAAAGAAAUUUUCAGCUCUCAAAGACCUAAUGUGGAUCUUGGUACUAAAAUGUUGUCUUCACAUCUCAAAGGGUUGGAAUUAUUUUCUCUGAGGCAUCUCGUAUCCAUAGGGCUAGAGAAGUCAUGGGCAGCACCAACUCUUGAAAACCUAGAAACCUUGAGAGUGGAGAUUUGUCCUUGCUUGAAGAACUUGGUAUCGUCUGCUGUAUCUUUUACAAAAUUAAGGGAAUUGCGUAUAUAUGAAUGUCAAGGAUUGGUAUAUUUGCUCACGUUGUCAACUGCAAGGAGCUUAGUUUCACUUGAAGAGCUUUCCAUUGGCAAAUGUGGAUCAAUACAAGAAAUAGUGCCCAAAGAAGAUGCAUCGGAUGAAGAUGAGAUAACAUUCGAGAAGCUCAAAAGAUUGUCUCUUUACUCUCUCCAAAGACUUGGUAGCUUUCACCUGGGAAUUCUACAUUGA